UUUCUUUCUCCCUUUCUCCCUUUCUUUCUUUCAGUCAGAGAAAUCACCCAAACCCAACCACAAAACCCUAGCACUGUAAGCCUACACCACCGCCACAAGGAGUGGCAUACUGCCGCCGUCCGUCGCACUCAAAGUUCGCCAUCCGUCAUCUAGCUUCCCUCGUGCUCCAAAUCUUCAACCCCUGUUCGCUGUCACCGAUCGCGGUUGCUUCCUCGAGCUCGGCGUCCGUCGUCUUUGUCUGCUCAGCCGCGCUUCCGUCGCCGUUUGUUUGCCGUUCACGUUCGCGUCUUCGUUCGCGUUCUUCGCCAUUCGCGUUCGCUCGGCGUUCACCGUUCGCGUUCACUCGCUGUUCACCGUUCGAGUUCGCGCGCGCUCCACUCAGCCGUCGAACUGCUCUCUUUUGUCCCCGCCGUGAGUUCCCUAAACCCGCCACCAGACAAUACACUCACACAACACCAGCUUUCUUUUUUUUUUUUGGUCAUGAAGAAGCCAAUAUUGGAAUACAAUACCAGGGCUUGAAGAACAACUCAUCGAAUUUUGAGGAUACAAUACUAGGGCUUGAAGAUUCCGAUAUUGGAAUCCAAAUUGGGCCCUGAAAUUUGACCCAACAAAGGUUAUGGCGGUAAUUUCACAAUCCGUCGAGCUCCGCCUCCGAGUCCGGUGAUUUUGUUUGCGUUUUCCCGGCAAAUCGAAGACAUCACCAGUUGUCGUGGUUGGAUAAAGGUUCCUUCCAAUCCUUCUCAGAAACCCAAAGUUUCUUCUCUCCAAAAAAAAUGGGCGGGAUACAGCAGGAAAACAGAGAAGAGAAGGUGUCUUUGGAGCUCAGUGAGGAAAUUCUUCAGAGCAUGGAAGUUGGAAUGGCCUUCAAAGACUAUAAUUGUAAAAUUAGUUCCAUGGAUUUUCACAGGGCAACCAGCUAUCUAGUCACUGCUAGCAAUGAUGAAUCCAUUCGUCUCUAUGAUGUCACUGCCGGAACAUGUUUGAAGACAAUUAACAGCAAGAAGUAUGGGGUUGACUUGGUUUGUUUCACGUCUCAUCCGACCACUGUCAUAUACUCAUCUAGAAAUGGGUGGGAUGAAUCUCUGCGGCUUCUAUCGUUGCAUGAUAACAAGUAUUUGAGAUAUUUCAAAGGUCAUCAUGACAGGGUUGUCUCACUUAGCUUGUGCUCCCGGAAGGAGUGCUUUAUUUCUGGAUCUCUUGAUCGAACUGUUUUACUAUGGGAUCAAAGGGCCGAGAAAUGCCAGGGACUUUUACGUGUACAAGGAAGGCCUGCUAUUUCAUAUGAUGAUCAAGGGCUUGUUUUUGCAAUUGCCUUUGGAGGAUACAUAAGAAUGUUUGAUGCUCGCAAGUAUGAAAAGGGUCCCUUUGAGAUCUUUUCUGUUGGGGGAGAUAUUUCUGAUGCAAAUACAGUGAAAUUUAGUAACGAUGGGAGACUCAUGCUUUUAACAACUGCAGAUGGGCAUAUUCAUGUUCUUGAUUCAUUUCGUGGCACACUUUUAUCAACAUAUAAUGUCACACCUGUCUCGUGCAACUCCACGUUAGAAGCUUCUUUCAGUCCAGAAGGAAUGUUUGUAAUAUCAGGUUCUGGGGAUGGCAGCAUUUAUGCAUGGAGUGUUCGAAGUGGUAAAGAGGUUGGUAGCUGGAGGAGUGCAACUGCUGAUACUGGACCACCGGUGAUAAAAUGGGCACCGGGAAGUCUCAUGUUUGCAACCGGAUCUUCUGAGCUAUCAUUUUGGGUCCCAGAUUUGUCUAAGUUGGGAUCUUAUGUUGGAAGAAAGUAAAAGCCAUACAUGAUGGAGGUUCUGUUUGUCCCCACAACUCACUGAAAGAUACUAGACUAUGAUGGGGGGUAACAAAUAAGGGUGAGUUUUUCUUAUUUCGACUGGUUCACCAAACACACCCUUAGUGACAAACUUUGCCUGUGUGACCGUGUAUAUAGAAGUAUAUCAUUAUAUAAAAAUCUCAAUGAAUCAAAAUGAAGUUAUUAUGUCUUUUGGUUCUUCAGUUGUAACUUGUUUCUCUUUUUUCAUCAUCACUAGAUGAAAAUUAUCAGGUAUAGUCAAGCUUGUUCUCUCACUACUCAAGAUUUCAUUUGAGCACUUGUUAAGGUCGAA